AUGGCGCGCUCAACUCCAUACACUUACAUACAGUGCCCAUGCUCAGGCUACUCGGAUGCUGAGCAGGGCGACUCGCCCGACGGCUUGAGCGACGACGAGGACGAGCGCACCUUCGACCCCCGCGCCCCGCGAUCCAACUACAGUCUUUACCCCCUCGAAUACCUCCUAUUCUGCGAAGAUUGUCAGCAGAUUCGCUGCCCACGAUGCGUCACCGAGGAGACGGUCACGUACUACUGCCCGAGCUGCCUCUUUGAGGUCCCGAGCAGCAACCUCCGCAGCGAGGGGAACCGGUGCACGCGAAGCUGCUACCAAUGCCCCGUAUGCGUUGGGCCCCUUCAAGUCGGCGCAAUCCAGCCCGGACACGACACGAAUGCGGUCUCUGCCGAAGGCCAGGCCGCAGCCUCUGCGACUGGCCCACUAGCUCUCUUUUGCCAGUACUGCAACUGGACCUCGAAAGAGACAGGCAUUGAGUUUGACCGCCCUGGAGGCAUACACUCGCAGCUCGCCAAGAUGAACAACGGCGGGACACCGAAGCUCACGACCAAAGAUGUCAAGGAGCGGCGCAAGGACAACCCCGACGAGCCUCUCGUGGCCGACGAACAAGUCGACAGCGACUUUCAAUUCGCGAGCCUCAAAGCGUUCUACACCGACCAGCUCGCAGACGCGAGCACUUCGCUGGGCGGGUUGCCUCUGCACGACGGUGUCGGUUUCUCCUCUCCCGCGGCAUUGACACGCAUCAUGUCGCUCUAUACAGGUCGCGGUCACGGCGGGCGCCUGCAAAAGGGUCCCCCUGAUGUCAUGCGCGAGGCGCUCAACACAGAAGAAGGCCUCAAACUCGCGCAGCUAGACGAGUCGCGUCUUAUCAAGAAACUCACUCACGAAGGCUGGGAAGCCACAGCGUCGCGCGAGCAGCGAGAUGCGCAAGUCGACCCGGCAGUACGGUUCCAAGACGACCUCAGACCGAUACCGUACCUCCUCCGCACGAAACGCUCGAAGCGCUGCCCCGUCUGCCGACACAUCAUAUCCAAACCUGAGAACAAGGUCACGUCUACUCGCUUCAAGAUCCGCCUGGUGGCCAAAUCAUAUAUCCCAAACAUCACGAUCCGUCCUAUGCAACCCACUGCGGCCGUGAUUCCCGUGACUUCCCGGCCGGGUAUCGCGGAGGAGUCCCCCCUCAAACCGCUGAGACCAUACCAAUACAUCCUGACAUUCAAAAACCCCCUGUUCGAGAGCAUCAAGGUCACCCUCGCGACGCCAAACGUGACACCUGGUCGCUUCGCUAGCAAGGUGACCAUUCUCUGCCCUCAGUUUGAGGUCGAUGCCAACACGGACAUGUGGGACGACGCGCUCAAAGAGGACGGCAAGGACAGAAGGAGCCGCAGGGGCGACGAUGCCGCCGGUGGCGAGGCGGGCAAGAUAUGGGAGAAAGGACGCAAUUGGGUGAGCAUUGUUCUGGAAGUAAUCCCAGCCUCUCUGCGACCAGAGAACCAGGCCAUUGGCGCCGAGGAUGCAGAUGUGGACGAUGGUCCGCUCAAGGAAGACGAAGACAUUCUAGAGAUACCCAUGUUUGUACGCAUGGAGUGGGAGGCGGACCCGCAGAACGAGGUCAGUGCCGGGCAGAAGGAAAAGGAGGCACGAGAGAAGCGGGAGCUCGCAUAUUGGUGCGUCCUGGGCGUUGGACGCAUCAGUCACGAAUGA